AUGUUGAUCAAGGGCCAGGCUAUUCGCAUGCUCAACGACCGACUCCGCUCUGAGAAAGACGCAACCAGCGAUGAAGCUAUCGCUGGUGUCUGCCAGCUUAUCAUUGAUGAAUGGUACUGGGGGGAAACCCAAGACCUGCGUGCUCAUCUGAAUGGGAUGAAACGCAUGAUCAGAUUACGCGGAGGAUUUGGAAACCUCGGCCUUGAAGGGCUUUUGAGCAAAAUGGUUAUACUAGCCGAUCUGGGUAUUGCGAUUACAUUCGAAGGCCCACCAUAUCUUCAGGAAGGGCCCGUGUUCGAGUUUCGAGAUAAGAACCCAGGUACGCUCCAACACGCUCACAACACCCCCCUCAUUGCAUCGCCAAUCACGUUCGCCAGCUUAGCUGGCACAUACCGAAUGCACCCAACAACGGCAGCAAUCCUUGACGACGUCCGUUUUGUCAUAGCCUUGGCGAUAUCUUCGCCGACCGAAUCCGACCAGCAGAAAGACCAGAAACUGGAAACGACUGCACGUUGGAUACAUGAUCGAAUCUGGGGAUUACCGGCAGUUUCUCCAGAAACAUCGAGGCAGAAUGAAUCAUCUACAAGACACAAGGCCGAGGACUCAGGGACUAGGCAAACAAGUACCACUACACAGGCAUCCACGUCCAAUAGGAGUUCUCCCUCGUCGGUGUCGAUGGAGCCGGCCCCAGACUAUGUGUAUCAGUCGAUCCGCCUCGCUGCUCUCGUCUACACGUCCGCAAUCGUCGCACGGAAACCUUUGAGCCAAAGCUGCUCAGUUGCUGACUUUUACCAAGUAUGGGCCACUGUAUGGCGUGUGCCGCUCAGCGUGUGGAAGUCCAUGAUGGGGAUUUUCCUGUGGAUUAUCGUCGUCAUUACACCGCCGUCACGGAGCACACCGCACGCCAGGUUUGUCAAGAGUAUGCUCACUAUUGCGGCAUUGGUCCUGGGAAUCGAGAAUUGGCCAGUCAGCAGUGGUGCGUUGAAAGGAAUGAUAAUGUUACAGGCCAAACUGAACAGGCACGGCACGAAGUUAAUGGGCUGA